UUGCUAGAGGUGGCAGGGCAAACUAGCCUAUUUGAAUUUCACAACUUAUUUUUAUAAUAACAAUUGAAUUCUAUUAUUUUAUCAUUCAAUGUAUUUUAAUAUAAAAUCAAAAAUUGAGAUUAUUGAAAAAAUAUAUACAGUGUCAUUAAUGAAGAUGUCGAAGUUUCAAAACCAAACGUUGAUUACAAGUGAAAUGUAUGCCAUUUCGUUUUAAGCCUUCGAACACGUGAUUAAAAAAACAUUGUUUUAAUACGUUCGACAUGGCAAAACUUUUUUCGUAUUAUACGCUGUGUCCGCUUAUCGAUCAACAAAAUUUGUUAGGUGUUGAAAGAGAUUCGGAAAGCGGAUGUGCAAUCGUAACAUUAGGGAGAAAUAUUGUAAUCCGAUAUAAGCUACAGGACUUAAAACAAUUGAGUAGUUGGACCAGUAAAGAUCGAUUAACGACGCAAGUUAUUUAUGAUGAAACAACAUGUCAGUAUGCUGCGGUAUUUAAUGAAAAAAAAAUACGUCUUUGGACUGCCGAAGAAACAGAUUUAAAUAGCAUCAAAGGCUAUAAAUUUCAGUGUGCUUUGCAUACCAUUCUUACAUGUGAAGACUGUCCACCUGUAUUGGUACGCAAGGACGGAGCUAGUGCUUCACUAGAAACAGCUAUACGAAACAGGAAAUCUUGGUCCAAAGAAGGGUUAUUAAACGUCAAUGAAAAUAUUUUAGAUUGUUAUCUGAUCCGUGCUGGUGAUAAAAUAAGUUUGUGUAUGUUAACUGAAAUUGAAGGAACUUACAACUGUGUUAUAGUUAAACUUAACAAUGAUACCUAUUCUGAAGAAACAAAUUGCGUCAAAAGAUUGGAGUUGAAGCGAAGAUCAGAAGAGUUGGUUGGUCAUGCAGUAUUGCAAGCUAAAAAUAAAGCUUGUCUUCUAACAUUGUGGUCGCAUGGUAGAUUGUAUAGUCACCCUUUGAUGGAAACAAACAACGAAACUGCUUUAAGUACAUUAAUCGGUAUUAUCAAUAAUAUUAAUACCAAACAUCCAGUAGUUAUGACAUCUCUAAAUGAGGCAACUGUGGCAGUUUAUGGGGCUGAUGUUUCUGAAGAGGGGGCUGUGUUAAUGAUUUAUAAUGUACAAUUUAAACUAAUACAAGCUGCUCAAAAACUAAAAUUGUAUACAAAAGAUGCAAAGUUGUGGAAAAUCGAGGACAAAUUGUUGCUUGCUGCUAAUAGACAUUUAGCAAUUGCUCCUUACCAUCUUGCUCCUCAAAAAAUAGCAACUUUGCUUGGAUCAUCUUUGCAUUUCAGAAACGAUGAUGAGAAUACAGAUAAUAAUGAGAUUGUUGUAAUACAAGAAUCAACAGUAGCACAAUGGGAAAAGAACGGAUCAACUAUUAUUAAACAGCCGAUGCAAAAGCUUCCGAAAAAGCUUUCUAAACAAAUAUCGUCUUAUAUACAUGAAGGAUUGAGCGAUGCCGCGAUACAAGAAAUAUUGAUCCCGGAGUUAAUCGAAUCGAAAAAUGUUGAAGCAAUUAUAUGGUGUUUGAAUAAUUUGAAAGAUUUACCAGAAAAGUUACUAAUCGACCUCUUAAUAUUUUCGUUAAGAAAUCCUGAUGAAACGUUUUUACCUUUACAAAAUGGUACAACCGAUGAUCUCUCAACUGUCAGAAGCCCACAUUCAAGAAAUGAUUUUCUUGAUAAAAUUUUUAGUCUCACUUAUUCUGACAUUUCUUUGUCGUCUUAUCUUAGGAGCGGUUUAAAUUUUGACGAAAUACUUCGAUUACUGCAAUAUUUAAUACAAAAAUUGGACGCUCAAGAUUUUUAUCAUGAUAUUAUACAGCAACCAACCGACAAACAAUUAUAUGAAUGGUCUAGUCUUUUGUUAGAGUCUCAUUAUCAACAUUACGUGUUAUCACGGGAUCCAGAAGUUUCAGUGCUACUUAAUAAACUCAGUUAUGUUUUAGACGACCAUUUACAAGUAUUCAAAGAUAUGGAAAAUAUGAGGCCCAUUUUAAAAAGAACGAUUAGUGACAAGUUAUCGAAAUCGUUACAAAAAAAUCGAAACAAGUUUUAUACGAUAGAAGAAAUAAAACUCUAUUAAAAUACAAA